AUGGAUCCCUUCGGACGCCUCCCUUUAGAAAUUCGGGAAACUAUCAUAUCGCAUUUAUAUUUCGAUUCUGAUUUCUGGUACCUUAUCCGUGCAUCUCCCGUUUUCUGGCACCAAUUCCAGACAAGCAAAUUAUUAAGAGCUUGGGACACCCUUCGAAAGGAGCUGGGCUAUCACAUGUUUCGGCAAGUCUUGUUGCUUGUACAGUACCCGAAGAUUAAGGAAUCUAUUCCAGAGCACGAAAAAGAGGAUGUUUGGAUGAUGCCUGAGAUCGACUUGCCGGACCCACUGUGUACGCCACAGCAACAUUUGAUCUUCGAGAUGUAUGACAGGUACCAAGGAAUGCUCAACUGCUUUGCGUUGGGCCCUGAAUUGGUGCCUCUAUAUAGGGGUAAAUACCCCGACGUCUACAAUGGUAUGUUCAGCGAUUACCUCGUCCGAUAUUUCGGGGAACACGGGGAAAACCUUCCUGCCGUGAUGCCGCCGAUUGAUAUGGUUGGAAUGGGAUUCCGGAUAUUCUAUUUUCUCCUUGCCAUCGAGAUGAUGGAGCAAUAUCCAUCAGCCUUCAUGACAAGCUUAGGAGAGCCUCCGAAACAACGAUCUAUCAAAGAACAGCGUUCUCAUAAGCUUGUUGAGUGCUGGUUAAGGAACGUUCCAGGAGCAGUUCUAAGUGAUUUCUGGAGAUCGCUUGGACUACCUGAGAAUUGUGGAGAAGAACAGGAUGGUUAUGAUAAUGAGGAGCAGGAAGAAGAGGAGGAGGAGGAACAGAAAGAAGCAGAAGAGAUGGUUUUUAUCCAAUGCUAG